AGGACAGCCCGGAAGCUGUCAGUCGUCACUAGCCGCUCGGUGGACCGGGAUGUGUCGGUGCUCUUCUCCCGGUUUACUUGCUCUGCACCCGGGUUAAACCACAGCACAGCGACCCGUUCCAGCUCCAGGACAACCGAACCGAGCCGAGCCGAGCCGAGCUGAGCCGGGUUAACUGAGUCCAGCAUGAAUGAGACGGAGGGGCUCCGAUUCCGGCGGGUCCACAGGGCGCAGGUGAUCACUGACGAUGUGCCUGAGCACCGAACCUUGGGACCCGGGACUUACAGUGGGAAGGUGUUCCAGGUGACUCUGCUCUCUCUGGGCGGGUUCCUGGUUCUUCCUCUGCUCGUCAUCAUCCUCAUCAUCGAGUCGCCCAUCCAGCCCGAAGUGUUCAGUCUGAAGGAGCCUCCGGUGAUGAAGGGCUGCUGGGAGUCAAACCUGAAGCUCCGAGAGGCUCAGAGACUGUUUGAAGACCAGAUCCACGGACCAGAGUCCAUCGCCAACAUCGGAGAUGUUUUGUUUGCUGGAACAGCUGACGGGAAGAUCGUGAAGCUGAUUGGUCGAAGGAUUCACACGUGACGAGACUCGGAAAAAUGCCGUUCCAGAGACGACGAGUCCACCUGUGGGAGACCGUUAGGGAUCAGAGUCGGACCCAACGGGACUCUGUUUGUGGCCGACGCCUACCUGGGUUUGUUCGAGGUCAACCCCACCACAGGUGAGGCGAUCAGGUUGGUGUUGGGCGGUCAGGUGGUCGCUGGCAGGAAGUUGUCGUUCAUCAACGACCUGGCGGUGACUCAGGAUGGAAAGAAGGUGUACUUCACUGAUUCCAGCAGCAGGUGGCAGCGCAGAGACUACAUGCACCUCAUCAUGGAGGCCACAGCUGACGGACGAGUGUUGGAGUACGACACAGAGACCAGAGAGCUGACGGUGGUGAUGGAGAACCUUCGCUUUCCAAAUGGGAUCCAGCUGCUGCCGGACGAGGAGUCGGUGCUUGUGGCCGAGACCACGAUGGCCCGGAUCCGCAGGGUCCACGUUGCUGGGCUGAACAAAGGCGGGAUGGACACCUUCAUAGACAACCUGCCCGGGUUUCCCGACAACAUCCGCCCGAGCUCCAGCGGAGGUUACUGGGUGGCCAUGUCUGCAGUGCGGCCUAACCCCGGAUUCUCCAUGCUGGACUUCCUGUCCCAGAGACCCUGGAUCAAGAAAGUCAUCUUCAAGAUCUUCAGUCAGGAGAUCCUGAUGAAGUUCGUCCCUCGGUACAGCCUCGUGGCGGAGCUUCAUGACGGCGGCGUCUGCACUCGGAGCUUCCAUGACCCAAAUGGCCUGGUGGCCGCCUACGUCAGCGAGGUCCACGAGUAUGAUGGGAACCUGUACCUGGGCUCCUUCCGCUCACCGUACAUCGCCAAACUCGACCUGCGUAAGAUCUGAUGACGACAGACUUCUCUUUGUGAGACAUGGCGUCUGUCCGUAACAGUGAUGUCACGACGCACCAAAAACCGUCACAGGCGGUUUGUCAGAUUUAUUGUAGCUGGCGACUUUAAAAUGUUUGUUCUGUUUGACGUGCAUCACGAGCCACCGCGGGCCGGGUAUCGAACCUCUGCUGUCUGAUCAAAGCUGCAGCUAACGACCGUUUUCAUCAUGAGCUCACCGACCUAAUCAGAGCAAACGAGCAGAUGCUGAACGAGAAGCGCCCAGCGGUUCAUCGAUGACUCGUGUUGACUUGUUUCUUCAGUUUGAUGUUCGGCUGGGAACGUUUCACAGUUUGUUUGUUUCUCAGGUUCUGAUGAGCACAAAAGAUUUAAACUAGACCCAGCUCUGAAAUUAGCUUACCAGCUAGCUAAAGCUAAUUGGGUUAGCUCCUUGUAGAGCUCACUAGCUAGCUUGCUUAGCAGUAGCGUCAUGCUAACGUUGUUUUAAUGUUUUGUCGUUACCUCCACAGCUAGCUUGUCUGGGUUAGCAUUGCUACUAGCUGCUGUUUUCACUUUAACACGUUAGCUAGCUGAAUACCUGCGUCUGAUUGGCUGAUCCGCGGUGUUAGCAUGUUACUGUCAGCAUGCUAACGUGAGACUGUGACGAUCUUUCUGAUCUGAAGAUUUUUACCGUGACAGCAGAUGGAAUCUGUUUUUGUUUUAACGUGUUUCAGCUUCGUUUGGAAUAAAAAAACUAAAUGAA